GCUGCAAUUUUGAAAUUCAAUAUUUCCAUUUCUCGAUGUUGUGAGUGCCGAAACCGGUAAUUGUGAGCCAGGGACCCCAUUUUGGCUAUCUCAACUCAAAUCUAAUGUUAAGGUGGGAGGGUCCCUUUAACAAAAAAAAAAAAUCAGAAAAAGUUUAAUUGAUAAACUUUGUAUCUGACGAAAAGUGAUGCUACAGCAACGAGAUGAAGAAUCUGAAUUAUUUUAAAACAAACUUGAUACAUGUUUUGUAAACAAAGAUGGCGGCGCCCUGCGGCGGGAGCGGCUUUCGUCGCUGGCUCGUUCUGUUAUUUUUAUUCGCCAACAGCUUAGGCUCGGAUCAGUUUAAUGAAUCCCUCCUCAUCAAACCAUUGAACAGCGGUCAUGUUAUCUCAAAAUUUGACUUUGUCAUCGGUACUGACAACAUUUCAGGCGCCCACUUCCACCUGGUGCCUCGCCAUCUGGCGGAGGUGAUCUCGCACCACCAUGUACAGGAGCUGCACCUGUCGCUUACACAGGGCUUCUGGCGACAUGACAUCUGGGGCUACCCGGCCCGACAGGCGGGUACUGGCGCCCAGCUCUGGGUCUGGUUCGACCCGGACACUCCCAGUGUCGAUGAAUCCUGGAGCAGCCUGGUGAAUGCCCUCUCUGGCCUGUUUUGUGCCUCUCUGAACUUCAUGGACCGUACCGUCACCACAUCGCCCGAGUUUGCCUUCCGACCAGCAGGCGUGGUGUCCGACCCGUCUGAGCUGGAGAGCCGUUUGUUGCGCGUGGCCAGUCUGCCACGUGAGGCCACCUGCACAGAGAACCUCACCCCGUGGCAGAAACUGCUGCCGUGCGGCGCGGCGAGCGGUCUGUCGACGCUGCUGAACCCGACCCACCUGUACAGCACCAGCUACCACUCGCUCAGCGUCGACUUCCGACCCGUCUGCGCCGACACGUCGUGCAGCCGCCUCCGUUAUGAGAUCACCCAGUCGGUGACGCUGGUUCACGAGCCGGUAACGACCCCGAGACGGGACGGGCCGCGGCAGGACUGGUCCAUGAAGAGCCUCUUCGGACGGGGUCUCUAUGACGCCUGUGCCGUGGCCGAACGCAGCGAUAUCUUUGUGGAUACGGCGGCGAACGGGAGCCAUCCGUUCGUGCUGAGUCCGGCACCCCACUCCGAGGUCACCUCGAUGGUGGCUGGGCACACGGCGACCUACGCCGCCUACAGCGUGACCAACCUGACAUCUGGCGGCGGCGGGGUGAACCUGCGCGCCGCCUACAGCCGGCCGCACCGACACGGCUGGACCCCGAGUCUCCCGCUGACCGUCACACAGUAUCAGACCGGCUCGGGUCAGUACUCGGUCGGUCUGAGCCUGCAGUUGCGGAAUGCCGACCGGCUGUCGCCGCUGGACGUGUCGGUUCUUCAGGUGGUGCCCUGGUACAUCCGGCUCUACCUGCACACACUGCAGGUCACGGUGGAUGGACAGGUCAUCAAGCCAGUGUACCAGCGUCUGGUGCCGGGCCGGGACCGGCAGCGGCCCUACACGCUGGAGCUGGGCGUCCGUAUACCCGCCGGACGGGUAGCCACCGUCAGCGUUCAGGCCGAGAGGGCGUUCCUGAAGUGGCACGAGUACCCGCCGGACGCCAACCACGGCUUCUACCUGCCCGGAGCGGUGGUGAGCGCCCUGCUGCCGGCGCAGAACUGCACACGACACCCCAUCAGAAGUCCGCCAGUGGAGGGAGGCCGCGUGUUUGUCCGUCUCUCUGCCGAGAACCAGCUGGUCACUCUGCCCACGCCCGACUUCUCAAUGCCCUAUAACGUCAUCUGCCUGGUCUGCACGGUGGUGGCGCUGGCAUUCGGGCCGCUGCACAACAUCUGCACUAAACGACUUUUGUUGGUUCCAGUCAGCGAGGAGAAACCUGGCAUCGUUGCCCGAAUAAAAUCUAACCUUGGUCGCUUGAUGUGGUGGCGACGAGGUGCGCACCAAUCAAACACUGCCACGUCACAGUUGCCUGCAGACGUCAGCCAAUCAGCGGCCGCCAAGGUCAAGUCCACCAAGGCAGACUGAGGCAUAGUUAUACAGUGGUUUUCGGUAAGUACUACUUGCCAAAAACAGAGGGGUGAAGAAGGCGCCGAAAUGACUGUUUUGGUUUUCAGCAACUAAAACCAGCAAAGAGUCAGUCAAUUACGGCGUUUCGGUUGCUCGAGAUGUCAUUCUUUACCAAGUGCGACUUCUCAGUAAGAAGCUGCAGCAAUCAGCUGACUAGCAAGGAUGUCUCACAAGAUCGAAACAUCUCUAAGAUCGUAGAUACGCUACGCAUCGAAGACCCCACUGAUACCUCUCGCUGGCUCAACUUGUCAUCUGUAAUCGCUAGUUGCACUGACGUUAUGGGUCAUUCUUCAAUGCCUCGAGAAUGUCUCUAAGCAAACAGUGGCAUGAAGACAGUGAUCUUUUAUCUGGUUUGCACGGCUACGAGCGUGAGGAAGCAUUUGCCCAAGGUUGUGGUAUGCAGUUGUAGAAUGACUGAUACAAUGCAUACAGACGAUGUUUUGUCAUUUGUGUGUGCUUAGAACGAAAGGUUAUGUUUCAUGGUCCGAAGCAUCCAUCCUCGAUUAAAAGCUAGUCCAAUCUUGAGCUGAACGAUGUAUCUUCGCACAAAGUGUGUUUUGCAUAGCCAUGUUGCCUAUUUCAUUUGUGGCUCCGAUGGCAUUUCCAAUUGAUGCUGUUUCAGACUUCCAUGUGGCAUAUGAGUGUCAUAGCUAAUGAUUUGUCGACCGCUUUGUAUCGUGGUGUGCUACCUGUUGGGUGUAAUAAAAGAUCAAAUAGAAUUAA